GGCUGUCACUCUCUCCCACGCCACCGUGAGAGCCACAGGACACAUGGUGUCCUCCAACACACCUACACACAGAGCUGAGAGAGAGUGUGUGUGAGAGAGCGGGGAGAGAAAGGUGGAGAACGAGAUUCUGUAAAGGGGAAAAAAAAAAAAAAAAAAAAACAACGGAAGGAUUUUGUGAUUUCUCUUGAGGAGCUGCUGCUAACGUUGGGAGUAGGAUGGCCGAAGGAGAGGGAGGGGACGAGGAGAUCCAGUUCCUGCGAACGGAUGACACGGUGGUGCUCCAGUGUACAGCGACCGUCCUGAAGGAGCAGAUCAAGCUGUGCUUGUCUUGUGAGGGCUUCGGGAACCGAUUGUGCUUCCUUGAAACAACAUCCAAUGCCCAGAAUGUGCCCCCUGACUUGGCUAUCUGCGCCUUCAUCCUGGAGCAGUCGCUCUCGGUGCGGGCGCUGCAGGAGAUGCUGGCCAACACCAUGGAGAUGGAGGCAGUCGAUUUGGACCAGUGGUCCUCUCAGGGAGGAGGCCAUCGAACACUGCUGUAUGGCCAUGCCAUCUUGCUGAGACACAGCCACUCUGGCAUGUACCUCAGUUGCCUGACCACAUCACGUUCUCUCACGGACAAGCUGGCCUUCGAUGUGGGAUUGCAGGAGGACUCUACAGGUGAAGCAUGCUGGUGGACCAUCCAUCCUGCAUCCAAGCAGAGGUCAGAAGGUGAGAAGGUCAGAGUGGGAGAUGAUCUGAUCCUGGUUAGUGUGUCAUCUGAGAGAUACCUGCAUCUGUCCUAUGCCAGUGGAGACUUGAUGGUAGAUGCCUCUUUCAUGCAAACUCUGUGGAACAUGAAUCCAGUGUGCUCAGGCUGUGAGCUAGCAGAGGGUUAUUUGACUGGAGGCCAUGUUCUACGCUUGUUCCAUGGUCACAUGGACGAGUGUCUGGCCAUACCACCACCUGACCAAGGAGAAGACCAGCGCAAGAUCGCACAGUAUGAGUCAGGAGCCGUCUGUAGUCAAGCACGUUCUUUGUGGAGACUUGAACCUUUGAGAAUCAGCUGGAGCGGUGGUCAUAUGAAGUGGGGUCAGCCAUUCCGCAUUCGCCACAUCACCACUGGACGCUAUCUGUGUUUGGAUGAAGAGAAGGGUCUGAUGGUGCUAGACCCCGAGAAGGCCAACACCAAGCAGUCAGCUUUCUGCUUCCGUGCCUCCAAGGAGAAGGUGGAGGUGGUGAAGAAGCGUGAUGUUGAGGGCAUGGGGAUUGCAGAGAUCAAGUAUGGCGAGUCUAUGUGCUUUGUACAGCACGUCUCCACAGGUCUGUGGCUCACCUACGCUGCCCUCGAUGCCAAAGCAGCUCGUCUGGGUACUAUGAAGAGAAAGGUUACUCUGCAUCAGGAAGGCCACAUGGAUGAUACGCUGCUAAUGUCACGUUCUCAGACAGAGGAGUCUCAGGCAGCCCGCAUGAUCUACAGCACCACAGGCCUUUUUAAACAGUUCAUCAAGGGGCUGGACUCUCUGAGUGGGAAGAACAGGGCUGCAGGUCCGGUCUCUCUGCCUCUGGAUGGAGUGAUUCUCUCCCUUCAGGAUCUCAUCCACUACUUCCGGCCGCCUGAGGAGGAGCUGGAGCAUGAGGAGAAGCAGACAAAACUGCGUUCACUGCGCAACCGGCAGAACCUCUUCCAAGAAGAGGGAAUGAUAACCAUCGUGCUGGAGUGUGUGGACAGGCUUAAUGUGUACAACACUGCUGCUCACUUCUCGGAGUUCGCUGGGGAGGAGGCAGCCGAGUCCUGGAAGGAAAUAGUCAACCUGCUUUAUGAACUGCUGGCCUCGCUUAUCCGAGGGAACCGCGCUAACUGCGCUCUCUUCUGCGAUAAUCUGGACUGGUUGGUCAGUAAACUGGACCGUCUGGAGGCCUCCUCAGGCAUUCUGGAGGUGUUGUACUGUAUUUUGAUUGAAAGCCCUGAAGUCCUGAACAUCAUCCAGGAGAACCACAUCAAGUCUAUUAUCUCUCUUCUGGACAAGCACGGACGCAAUCACAAGGUAUUGGACGUGCUGCGCUCUCUGUGUGUGUGCAACGGCGUGGCUGUGAGGUCCAACCAGAACCUCAUCACAGAAAAUCUGCUACCCCGUCGUGAGCUUCUGCUCCAAACCAACAUCAUAAAUUACGUUACUAGUGUAAGACCCAAUAUCUUCCUAGGAACGUGUGAGGGCUCAACGCAGUAUAAGAAGUGGUACUACGAGAUGAUUGUGGACUACGUAGAGCCGUUUGUGACGGCUCAGGCUAGUCAUUUGCGUGUUGGCUGGGCGCUAACAGAAGGAUAUAGUCCCUACCCUGGAGGAGGAGAAGGCUGGGGAGGCAAUGGAGUUGGUGAUGACCUCUACUCCUAUGGAUUUGAUGGACUUCACCUGUGGUCAGGUCAUGUGGCUCGACAGGUGGCAUCACCCAAUCAGCACAUCCUGGCAGCUGAUGACGUCGUAAGCUGCUGCCUGGAUUUGAGCGUGCCCAGUAUCUCUUUCCGCAUCAAUGGGCAUCCUGUUCAGGGCAUGUUUGAGAAUUUCAAUUUGGACGGCCUCUUCUUCCCUGUUAUUAGCUUCUCAGCUGGGGUCAAAGCUCGAUUUCUACUGGGUGGACGUCAUGGUGACUUUAAGUUCUUCCCUCCUCCUGGCUAUGCUCCAUGCUACGAGGCUCUUCUGCCUAGAGAGAGGAUGCGUAUCGAGCCCGUCAAAGAAUACAAGCAUGACUUCAAUGGAGUCAGAAACCUCCUGGGCCCCACACAGUCCCUCACACACACCUCAUUCACACCUUGUCCUGUGGACACUGCUCAGAUUGUGUUGCCCCCUCACUUGGAGCGCAUCAGAGAAAAACUGGCUGAAAACAUCCAUGAGCUGUGGGCUGUCACUCGCAUUGAGCAAGGUUGGACCUAUGGUCCAUUCCGUGAUGAUAAUAAGAAACUGCACCCGUGCUUGGUGGACUUCCAGAGCCUGCCAGAACCUGAGAGAAACUACAACUUGCAGAUGUCUGGAGAAACUUUAAAGACGCUCCUGGCUCUGGGCUGCCAUGUAGGUAUGGGAGAUGAGAAAGCAGAAGAAAAUCUGAAGAAGAUCAAGCUGCCCAAAACGUAUGUGAUGAGCAGUGGAUACAAGCCAGCUCCUCUGGAUCUCAGCCAUGUGAAACUGACUCCCAACCAGAACCAGCUGGUGGAGAAGCUGGCAGAGAAUGGGCACAACGUGUGGGCACGAGACCGUGUGAGGCAGGGCUGGACUUACAGCAUCGUACAGGAUAUUUUGAAUAAACGCAACCCUCGUCUGGUACCGUACGUCUUGCUGGAUGAGAGAACCAAGAAAACCAACAGAGACAGUGUGAACAAUGCCGUACGCACCCUCAUUGGCUACGGAUACAACAUCGAGCCACCAGACCAGGAGAGCAGUGGCCACUCUUUGGAAAGUGGGCGAGGGGAUAAGGUGCGAAUCUUCAGGGCGGAGAAGCAGUAUGCCGUGACCUCUGGGAAAUGGUACUUUGAAUUUGAGGCAGUGACGACGGGAGAGAUGAGGGUGGGCUGGGCUCGACCUAACGUGCGUGCAGGCACUGAUCUCGGAGCUGAUGAACUGGCUUACGUCUUCAAUGGAAACAGGGCUCAGCGCUGGCACAUUGGAAAUGAGCCAUUCGGGCGCCAGUGGCAGUCGGGAGAUGUGGUGGGCUGCAUGAUUGACCUGGUAGAGAUGAAUAUCAUGUUCACUCUGAACGGAGAGAUGCUGAUCAGUGACUCCGGCUCUGAGAUGGCCUUCAAAGACAUUGAGAUUGGAGAUGGUUUCAUCCCCGUGUGUGCACUGGGCCUGUCUCAGGUGGGCCGUAUCAAUCUGGGCCAGAAUGUUAGCAGUCUGCGCUAUUUUGCCAUUUGUGGACUGCAGGAGGGAUUUGAGCCCUUCGCCAUCAACAUGAAGAGGGACAUCACUAUGUGGUUCAGCAAGAGUCUGCCCCAGUUCAUCCCAGUGCCUACUAACCACAAUCACAUUGAGGUGUCUUGUGUGGAUGGAACGGUAGACAGCGCCCCCUGUCUGAAACUCACCCACAAGACCUUUGGGUCCCAGAAUGCCAACACAGACAUGCUGUUCCUGAGGCUAAGCAUGCCUAUCGAGUUCCACGAGACUUUCAAAGUGCAGGCAGGCACCACACCCCUCACUCGAGCCCUAACCAUCCCAGAGGAUGAAGUGUUGGAGGUGGAUCCUGACUCUGAUUAUGAAGUGCUGAAGAAAUCAGCCAGCAAGAAGGAGCAGGAGGAGAAAGAGAAGGAGCCGUCUGUGCCCAGAGACAUACCUGGUGUCAAGGAAAAUGACAAGGACACUGCCUCGGAAAAAGGCAAAAAGAAAGGUUUCCUUUUUAAAGCUAAGAAAGCGGCUAUGAUUGCUCCUCCCCCUCCUCCCCCUGUCUUGCCACGCUUGGUAGAGGACGUAGUGCCGGAUGAACGUGACGACCCUGAGAUCAUUCUCAAUACCACUACUUAUUAUUACUCAGUGCGGAUCUUUGCUGGUCAAGAGCCCAGUGGUGUUUGGGUUGGCUGGGUCACCCCUGACUACCACCAGUAUGAUCUUAAUUUUGACCUCUUCAAAGUUCGCACUGUGACAGUGACUGUAGGUGAUGACAAAGGCAACAUUCAUGACAGCAUAAAAAGGAGCAACUGCUACAUGGUGUGGGGAGGCGACUUAAUCAGCGGUUCUCAGCAGCGCUUCACCCAGGAAGAUCUGGUAGUUGGCUGUUUGGUUGACUUGGCCACCGGUCUUAUGACUUUCAUGGCUAAUGGGAAGGAAAUCAACACUUUUUACCAGGUGGAACCCAACACCAAGCUUUUCCCUGCUGUUUUCGUUCAGCCCUUCAGCCAGAACAUGCUGCAGUUUGAACUGGGAAAGCUAAAGAACAUUAUGCCUCUCUCAGCGGCCAUGUUUCGCAGUGAAAGGAAAAACCCCGUGCCUCAGUGUCCUCCUCGUCUGGAUGUGGAGAUGCUCACACCGGUUAUAUGGAGUCGAGUCCCAAACCACUUCUUGAAACCUGAAGUGGGUAAAGUGAGUGAGAGGCACGGCUGGAUGGUAGAAUGCACUGAGCCACUCACCAUGAUGGCACUGCACAUCCCUGAGGAGAACAGAUGUAUUGACAUCCUGGAGUUGUCAGAGCACCAAGACCUGUUGAAGUUCCAUCACCACACUCUGAUGCUGUAUUGCGCUGUGUGCGCUCUGGGCAACAACCGCGUGGCCCAUGCGCUCUGCAGCCACGUGGAUGAGUCGCAGCUUUUCUAUGCCAUUGAGAACACAUACCUGCCUGGGCCACUGCGUAUCGGCUACUACGACCUGCUCAUCAGCAUCCAUCUAGAGUCAGCCAAGCGCAACCGUCUGGGCACCAAUCGUGAGUUUAUCGUGCCCAUGACAGUGGAGACGCUCAGUAUCACUCUGUACCCUGAUGCUGAGAAAGCUCAUGAUCUGCCUGGAGUGGGUCUAACCACCUGCCUCAGGCCCAAACUCCACUUCUCACCUAUUAACUUUGUGGGCACCGAUCCAGACCUGUACACUCUGAGCCCCAUCUUCCCUCUGCAGGAACUAAAGACCAAGUCUCUGAGCAUGCUAACUGAGGCUGUAAUGGACGGCAGUCAGGCCAUGCGUGAUCCAGUAGGGGGCAGCGUCGAGUUCCACUUUGUGCCCAUCCUUAAACUCAUCAGCACUCUCCUCAUCAUGGGCAUCUUCAACGAUGAUGACGUCAAGCACAUCCUUAAGAUGAUCGACCCCAAUGUUUUCAGCCCAGCCGAAAAGCAAGCAGAGGGGGAAGGAGAGGGGGAAGCGGAGGAAGCUGCAUCUAAAGAGCAAGGAGAGGAAACCAAAGAGAAAGAGGAGGCCGCGGAGGGAGAGGCGGAGCUGCUGGAUGAAGGAGUAGGAGAAGAGGAAGAGGAUGAGGAGCUCAAAGCCCUCAAGAAAGAGGAAGGGGAGGAGGGAGAGGAGAUCGAGAAGGAAGGGGAGGAGCAGCAGGAAGGACAAAAAGUGGAUGGAGAAAAAGCAGAGGAGGAGAAGGAGGCAGAAGAAGGAGGAGAAGAGGGAUAUGAGGAAGAGGAGGAGGCUCCAGAGGAAGGACUGCUGCAAAUGAAACUUCCAGAGUCAGUUAAACUGCAGAUGUGCAUCCUGCUGCAGUAUUUCUGUGACUGUGAGCUGAGGCACCGUGUGGAAGCCAUUGUUGCUUUCUCUGAUAAAUUUGUGCAGAGCAUCCAGACCAACCAACGCGAUCGCUACAAUCAGCUCAUGAGAGCUUUCACCAUGACCGCUGCUGAGACAGCCCGAAAGACCCGAGAAUUCCGGUCUCCUCCACAAGAGCAGGUUAUCAUGCUGACUAACUUUAAGCAGAGUCCUGAUGAUGACGAGUGUCCCGUGCCUGAGGAAGUACGAGAACCUCUCCAGAAUUUCCACAGUGACAUCCUGAAUCACUGUGGUAUACACCUGGAAGAAGAGGAGGAGGAGGAAGAGGUGGACAUGUCGCUUAAAGGAAGGCUGCUCAAGUUGGUGGAAAGAGUUAAGAAAUUGCGUAAGCAGAAAGAAGAAGAAGAGCCCGAACCCAAGGAAGAGCCUAAACCCAACACAUUGCAGGAGCUGAUCUCUCACACAGUGAUCCACUGGGCGCAGGAGUCAUUCAUCCAAAACCCAGAGCUAGUGCGAAUGAUGUUCAGCUUGCUGCACCGGCAGUAUGACUCUCUGGGCGAGCUGAUUCGAGCUCUGCCCAAAGCCUACGCCAUCAACGGCGUGUCAGUGCAGGACACCAUGGACCUACUAGAGUGCCUGGGCCAGAUCCGCUCACUUCUCAUUGUUCAGAUGGGUCCUGAAGAGGAGAGGCUCAUGAUUCAGAGCAUUGGUAACAUCAUGAACAAUAAGGUGUUCUACCAGCACCCCAACUUAAUGAGGGCUCUUGGCAUGCAUGAGACUGUUAUGGAGGUCAUGGUCAAUGUCCUCGGAGGAGGAGGAGACUCAAAGGAGAUUAGAUUCCCCCAAAUGGUCACGAACUGCUGCCGCUUCCUGUGUUAUUUCUGCCGUAUCAGUCGUCAGAACCAACGCUCCAUGUUCGACCACCUUUCGUACCUGCUUCAGAACAGUGGCAUUGGCCUGGGAAUGCGUGGAUCUACACCCCUGGAUGUAGCUGCAGCUUCCUGUAUCGACAACAAUGAGCUGGCUUUAGCGCUGCAGGAACAAGACCUGGAGAUGGUGGUGACUUAUCUGGCUGGAUGUGGCCUGCAGGCGUGCCCAAUGCUGUUGUCUAAAGGCUACCCUGACAUCGGCUGGAACCCCUGCGGUGGAGAGCGCUAUCUGGACUUCCUCCGCUUCGCUGUGUUUGUUAAUGGUGAGAGUGUGGAGGAGAAUGCUAAUGUGGUCGUGCGUCUGCUGAUCCGGCGUCCUGAGUGCUUUGGCCCCGCCCUGAGAGGAGAGGGAGGAGCCGGGCUGCUGGCUGCGAUGGAGGAUGCCAUUAAGAUCUCAGAGGAUCCAACCAGGGAUGGACCAACUCCGAAGAAAGACAGACGCUUCAUGUUUGGAGGAGAGGAGCAACAGGAGGAGAACAGGGUGCAUCUUGGGAACGCCAUCAUGUCAUUCUACUCGGCGCUUAUUGACUUGCUGGGUCGCUGUGCCCCUGAGAUGCAUUUGAUCCAGGCUGGCAAGGGUGAGGCUCUGAGAAUCAGAGCUAUCUUGAGGUCUUUGGUUCCUAUAGAAGACCUGGUGGGAGUUAUCAGUCUUCCUGUACAGAUCCCAACCUAUGGAAAAGACGGUCAGAUUGUAGAACCCAAGAUGUCUGCCAGUUUUGUACCAGACCACAAGGCUUCCAUGGUGUUAUUCCUAGACAGAGUGUAUGGCAUUGAUAACCAAGACUUCCUGUUGCAUGUGCUGGAAGUUGGCUUCCUCCCAGACAUGAGGGCUGCAGCCUCUCUGGACACGGUGGCGUUCAGUACCACAGAGAUGGCGCUGGCACUCAACCGUUAUCUGUGUUCAGCCGUGCUGCCACUUCUGACCAAGUGUGCUCCACUGUUUGCGGGUACUGACCACCGUGCCAUCAUGAUUGACUCCAUGCUGCACACCAUCUACCGCCUGUCCCGCGGCCGUGCGCUCACCAAAGCCCAGCGUGAUGUCAUCGAGGACUGCCUCAUGUCCUUGGUCAAAUACCUGCACCCAUCAAUGCUGCAGCAUCUGUUGCGGAGACUUGUAUUCGAUGUGCCAAUCCUCAACGAAUAUGCCAAGAUGCCUCUGAAACUGCUGACUAAUCACUAUGAGCGCUGCUGGAAGUACUACUGCCUACCGAAUGGCUGGGCUAAUUUUGGCACCACAUCAGAGGAGGAGCUGCAUCUCUCACGUAAACUUUUCUGGGGAAUCUUUGAGUCUCUGGCACACAAGAAAUUUGAUGCAGAGUUGUUCAAGAUUGCCAUGCCGUGCAUCUGUGCCAUUGCUGGUGCCAUUCCUCCUGACUACGUAGAUGCCAGCUAUUCUGCCACUGAGAAAAAAGCCACAGUUGAUGCUGAGGGCAACUUUGAUCCCAGACCUGUGGAGACUACCAACACCAUCAUCCCAGAAAAACUAGAUGCCUUCAUCAACAAAUAUGCAGAGCAUACUCACGAUAGGUGGGCCUUUGAGAAGAUCCAGAAUAACUGGACCUAUGGAGAGACACUGGAUGAGAUUGGGAAGACCCAUCCUAUGCUCCGACCUUACAAAACCUUUUCUGAAAAGGAUAAGGAGAUCUACCGCUGGCCCAUCAAAGAAUCUAUUAAAGCCAUGUUGGCCUGGGAGUGGACUUUAGAGAAAGCUCGAGAUGAGGGUGAGAAGGUUGAGAAGGCCGCCACCAGGAAGAUCUCUCAAACUGCUCAGGCAACCUAUGAUCCUAGUCAGGGAUACUCACCCCAGCCUGUGGAUUUAACCACCAUGGCUUUGUCCAGAGAGCUGCAGUCUAUGGCAGAGCAACUGGCUGAAAAUUACCACAAUACCUGGGGCAGGAAGAAGAAGAUGGAGCUUCAAGCCAAAGGUGGUGGUACCCAUCCUCUGCUUGUUCCUUAUGACACACUGACGGCCAAGGAGAAAGCCCGUGACAGGGAAAAAGCCCAAGACCUGCUGAAAUUCCUCCAGUUUGAAGGAUAUGCUGUCACAAGGGGCUUGAAGGACAUGGAGCAGGAGAUCUCCUCCAUCGAGAAACGUUUUGCUUAUGGCUUCCUCCAGAAGCUGCUGAAGUGGAUGGAGAUCGCUCAAGAGUUCAUUGCACAUCUGGAGGCUGUUGUGAGUAGUGGAAGAGUCGAGAAAUCCCCUCAUGAACAGGAGAUCAAAUUCUUUGCCAAGAUCCUCCUGCCACUGAUUAACCAGUACUUUAAAAACCACUGCCUCUACUUCCUUUCCACUCCUGCUAAAGUUCUGGGCAGUGGUGGUCAUGCCUCCAACAAGGAAAAAGAGAUGAUUGCCAGUAUCUUCUGUAAGUUGGCUGCUCUAGUGAGGCACAGAGUUUCCCUCUUUGGAACUGAUGCUUCAGCAGUGGUAAACUGCUUACACAUCCUGUCUCGUUCACUGGAUGCCAGAACUGUGAUGAAAUCCGGACCAGAGAUCGUAAAAGCAGGCCUCCGUUCAUUCUUUGAGAGCGCUGCUGAUGACAUUGAGAAGAUGGUUGAGAAUCUUAAACUGGGCAAGGUGUCCACCAAAAAUCAGGUUAAAGGUGUGUCCCAAAAUAUUAACUACACUACUGUCGCUCUACUGCCGGUGCUCACUUCACUCUUCGACCACAUCGCCCAGCACCAGUUUGGCGAUGAUGUCAUCUUGGACGACUUGCAGAUAUCCUGCUACCGUCUCAUGUGCAGCAUCUACUCAGUGGGUACAGUUAAGACCCCUCAUGCUGAAAAGCUAAGGCCUGCUCUUGGCGAGUGUCUGGCUCAUUUGGCUGCCGCCAUGCCUGUGGCCUAUCUGGAGCCCCUGCUCAAUGAGUUCAAUGCGUACUCAGUCUACACAACAAAAACACCAAGAGAGAGAGCCAUCCUGGGACUCCCGAGUCAGGUGCAGGAGUUGUGCAUGGACAUCCCAGAGCUGGACGUGCUAAUGAAAGAGAUUAGCGACCUGGCAGAGUCUGGAGCUCGUUACACUGAGAUGCCACACGUGAUCGAGAUCACGCUGCCCAUGCUGUGUAACUACCUCCCACGCUGGUGGGAAAGAGGGCCUGAGAACUUCCCUGAGCAGGAGGGCCAACUCUGCACUGAGGUCACUUCUGAACACCUCAACCAGCUGCUGGGCAGCAUCAUGAAGAUCGUGGUCAACAACCUGGGCAUCGAUGAGGCCUCCUGGAUGAAGAGAUUGGCUGUUUUUGCCCAGCCCAUCGUUAGCAGGGCCAAGCCAGAGAUGCUAAAGUCUCACUUCAUCCCCACUAUGGAGAAGCUGAAGAAACGCUCAGGGAAGGUAGUAGCUGAGGAGGAGCAAUUACGUAUGGAGGGAAAGACAGAGGUGGACAGUGAGGAAGGCACAAUCCGAGACGAGUUUGCUGUGCUCUGCAGGGAUCUGUACGCCCUCUAUCCACUGCUCAUCCGCUAUGUGGACAACAACAGGGCGAGGUGGCUAACCUGCCCUGAUCCUGAUGCUGAAGACCUGUUCAGGAUGGUGGGAGAAGUUUUCAUCUUCUGGUCGAAAUCUCAUAACUUCAAGCGUGAGGAGCAGAACUUUGUGGUGAUGAACGAGAUUAAUAACAUGUCUUUCCUCACCGCUGACAGCAAGAGUAAGAUGAGCAAGGCUGGGGAUGGAGAGGGUGGCGGCGCUGAUGCAGAACGUACGAAGAAAAAGCGGCGUGGUGAUCGCUACUCGGUGCAAACCUCGCUGAUUGUAGCUGCUCUGAAGAAACUCCUGCCCAUUGGGCUGAAUAUGUGCUCUCCUGCAGAUCAAGAGCUCAUCAACUUGGCAAAGAUCCGUUAUUCUCUGAAAGACACAGAUGAGGAAGUGAGGGAGUUCCUGCAGAAUAACCUUCAUCUGCAAGGCAAGGUGGAGGACCCCUCCAUGCGCUGGCAGAUGGCUCUGUAUAAGGAAACCUCAGGCAAGGCGGAGGAUGCGGAAAAUCCAGAGAAAGUUGUGAAGAGAGUGCAGGAAGUUUCUGCUGUGCUUUACCAUAUUGAAGUGACGGAACACCCUUUCAAAUCCAAGAAGAUGGUUUGGCACAAGCUGUUGUCUAAGCAGCGUCGCCGGGCUGUGGUGGCAUGUUUCCGAAUGACUCCACUGUAUAAUAUCCCAAGGCACCGGGGAUCCAACAUGUUCCUAGACGGUUACAAGCGCAACUGGUUGGAGACUGAGGGCUACUCAUUUGAGGAUAAGAUGAUCGAUGAUCUGUCUAAAACGUUGGAGGAAGAAGAGGAAGAAGAAGAAGAGACCGAGGCCAAGCCAGAUCCUCUGCAUCAGCUCAUUCUUCAUUUUAGCCGCACAGCUCUCACUGAAAAAACAAAACUCGACGUAGAUCACCUGUACAUGGCAUAUGCUGAUAUUAUGGCAAAGAGCUGCCACAUUGGUGAGGAGGCCAGAGGGGGAGAGGAGGAGGAGGAGGAGGGGGGCGAGGAACCAUCGUUUGAGGUGCGGCAGAAUGAGAUGGAGAAGGAGAUGGAGAAGCAGAGGCUCCUGUACCAGCAGUCGCGACUCCAUGACCGUGGAGCAGCUGAGAUGGUACUGCAGAUGAUAAGCGCCUGCAAAGGUGAGCCUGGAGCCAUGGUGUCUUCCACUCUCAAGCUAGGCAUCUCCAUCCUUAACGGAGGCAACAGUGAUGUUCAGCAGAGAAUGCUGGAUUACCUUAAGGAUAAGAAAGACGUUGGUUUCUUCCUGAGCUUGCAGGCUCUCAUGCAGACCUGCAGUGUUCUGGACUUGAAUGCAUUUGAGAGGCAGAAUAAAGCAGAAGGGCUUGGAAUGGUUUCAGAGGAGGGCACAAAUAUCAAGCUAGAACGGGAUGAGAAAGUGAUGGCAGAUGAUGAAUUCACGUGCGACCUCUUCCGUUUCCUGCAGUUGCUUUGCGAGGGCCACAAUAAUGAUUUCCAGAACUACCUGCGCACCCAGACUGGCAGCACCACCACCAUCAACAUUAUCAUCUGUACUGUGGAUUACCUGCUGAGACUGCAGGAAUCUAUCAGUGACUUCUACUGGUAUUAUUCUGGAAAAGACAUCAUCGAUGAACCAGGCAAGAGGAACUUCUCCAAAGCAAUGACAGUGGCCAAACAGGUCUUUAACAGUCUCACGGAAUACAUACAGGGCCCGUGCACUGGGAACCAGCAGUCUCUGGCUCACAGCAGACUGUGGGAUGCCGUGGUGGGAUUCCUCCAUGUAUUUGCACACAUGAUGAUGAAACUGGCACAGAUGCACCCUGACCCAGGACUCCGAAAUGGCGAUUCCAGUCAGAUUGGUCUUCUAAAAGAACUUCUAGACCUUCAGAAAGAUAUGGUGGUUAUGCUGCUUUCUCUUCUGGAGGGUAACGUUGUGAAUGGCACCAUUGCUCGCCAGAUGGUGGACAUGUUGGUGGAGUCAUCUAGCAACGUAGAGAUGAUCCUCAAGUUCUUUGACAUGUUUCUUAAGCUGAAAGACAUUGUGGCAUCGGAUGCAUUCCGGGAUUAUGUGACUGACCCACGUGGCCUGAUCUCUAAGAAGGACUUUUCCAAAGCCAUGGACAGCCAAAAACAGUACUCCCCAUCUGAGAUCCAAUUCCUUCUGUCAUGCUCUGAGGCUGAUGAGAAUGAGAUGAUCAACUUUGAAGAGUUUGCCGAUCGUUUCCAGGAGCCAGCCAAGGACAUUGGCUUCAACAUCGCUGUGCUACUCACCAACCUUUCAGAGCACGUGCCCCAUGACACACGCUUGCAGAAUUUCUUGGAACAAGCUGAAAGUGUCCUGAACUAUUUCCGCCCCUUUCUGGGCCGCAUCGAAAUCAUGGGCGCCAGUCGGAGGAUUGAGCGUAUCUACUUUGAGAUUAGUGAGGCAAACAGAAACCAGUGGGAAAUGCCUCAGGUCAGAGAAUCUAAGAGGCAGUUUAUAUUCGAUGUGGUUAAUGAAGGUGGUGAAUCCGAGAAGAUGGAGCUAUUUGUCAACUUCUGCGAGGACACCAUCUUUGAGAUGAACAUUGCCUCCCAGAUCUCUGAGCAAGAGGAAGAAGGAAUUGGAGAUGACGAUGACGAAGAAGAAGAGGAAAGCAGUGGAGGAGCAAAUGGAGAGGGAGGAGAAGGAGAAGAAGGGAAUGGAGAUGAGGUCCCAGCUGAGUCCAGUUCGGCAUUCGCAGACUUCAUCAAAAGCGUGGUGAACUUCUUCAAUAUGUUCACCUUCCGCAACCUCAGGCGACGUUAUCGCAGACUUCGGAAGAUGACUAUAAAGGAAAUGAUUGUAGGCCUGGCCACCUUCUUAUAUACCAUCAUCAUAGGAAUUCUUCACUUCAUCUACAGCAUAUGCAAAGGCUUUUUCAUGCUGAUAUGGAAAACGCUGUUUGGAGGCGGCCUUGUGGAGGGAGCUAAAAAGAUAACUUUAACAGAAAUUCUUACUAACAUGCCUGAUCCAACUCAGGACGAGGUGCAUGGUGACCAUGCAUCUGAGCCUGGAGCUAGAAAGGUCCAGGAAGCAGGUGGAUCAGGAGAUGGAGAGGAGGCAGGUGGUGGAGAGGUAGAGGAUGAGGAUGGGCAAGAGGCAGAAGGAGGAGGCAGACCUGGAUUUGAUACCCCUGGAGGUCUAGGAGAUAUGGGAGAGACAGAGCCUGAGGAGCCCCCAACGCCUGAGGGUACCCCACUGCUGAAGAGGAAACUGUUGGCUGAAGGAGCAGAGGGAGAGGAAGUGGCAGCAGAAGAGCCGGCAAAGGAAGAGCCAGCCCCAGAACCAGAGAAGGCAGAUGCUGAAAAUGGAGAGAAAGCUGAGAAAGAAGCUGAGGCUGUGCCAGAGGAGAAAGUGAUUGAGGAGAAGGAGAAAAAAGUAAAAGCCAAAGCCAAGAAAGAAAAACAUUCUGCUGGAGAUGGCUUUGAGCUCUGGAAUGAAUUGGAGGUGCAGAGGAUCAAGUUCAUGAACUACCUGUCUCGCAACUUCUACAACCUGCGCUUCCUGGCUCUGUUCAUCGCCUUUGCUCUGAACUUCAUCCUGCUCUUUUACAAGGUGUCCAGCAGCCCCCCAGGUGAGGAGUUUGAAGGUUCAGGCAUGUUUGAGGGUUCUGGAAUGGCUGAGGGCUCUGGUGGUGAAGGUGAGGGUUCUGGAAUGGAAGAGAAUGGAGAGGAAGAUGAUGAAGAAGGGCCUCUCUAUUACUUCCUGGAAGAGAGCACCGGUUACAUGGAGCCUGCACUGGCCUUCCUCGGCAUUUUACACACCAUCAUAUCUUUCCUCUGCAUUAUUGGCUACAACUGUCUCAAGGUUCCCUUGGUUAUUUUCAAAAGGGAGAAGGAGCUGGCCCGUAAGCUGGAAUUUGAUGGUCUCUAUGUGACUGAACAGCCAGAAGAUGAUGACAUCAAGGGCCAGUGGGACAGACUGGUGCUAAAUACGCCAACCUUCCCAAACAACUAUUGGGACAAGUUUGUAAAGAGAAAGGUGUUGGAGAAGUAUGGAGAUAUCUAUGGCAGAGAGAGGAUUGCUGAGCUGCUGGGAAUGGACUUGGCAUCGCUGGAUGUCAGUGCAAUGACGCAUGAGAAAAAGCGUGAACCUGACAACUCCAUGUUCACCUGGCUGACCUCCAUCGACAUCAAGUACCAGAUCUGGAAGUUUGGAGUUGUGUUCACAGAUAACACUUUCCUCUACCUGGUGUGGUACUUGGUCAUGUCCUUGCUCGGUCACUACAACAACUUCUUCUUCGCCUCUCACCUGCUGGACAUCGCCAUGGGCGUCAAAACGCUGCGCACCAUCCUGUCCUCCGUCACACACAAUGGCAAGCAGCUGGUAAUGACGGUGGGCUUGUUAGCUGUAGUCGUGUACCUGUACACUGUCGUGGCCUUCAACUUCUUCCGCAAGUUUUACAACAAGAGCGAGGAUGAGGAUGAGCCAGACAUGAAGUGCGAUGACAUGAUGACUUGCUACCUGUUCCACAUGUAUGUGGGUGUGAGAGCUGGAGGUGGUAUAGGUGACGAGAUUGAGGAUCCGGCUGGAGAUGAAUAUGAGCUGUACCGUGUAGUCUUUGACAUCACUUUCUUCUUUUUCGUCAUUGUCAUUCUUUUGGCCAUCAUUCAGGGUCUGAUCAUUGAUGCCUUUGGUGAGCUGAGAGAUCAGCAGGAACAGGUCAGAGAGGACAUGGAGACUAAGUGCUUCAUUUGCGGAAUUGGAAGUGACUACUUUGACACGACUCCGCAUGGUUUCGAGACGCAUACGAUGGAGGAGCACAACUUAGCCAACUACAUGUUCUUCCUGAUGUAUCUAAUUAAUAAAGACGAAACGGAACAUACUGGACAGGAAUCCUAUGUGUGGAAAAUGUACCAGGAGCGAUGCUGGGACUUCUUCCCAGCUGGUGACUGUUUCAGAAAGCAAUACGAGGAUCAGCUCGGCUAGUUUUCGGUUGCCGGUGCACUAGUGUGUGUGUGUGUGUGUGUGCUUGGAAAUACAGAUGGAGAGGAAAUGUAUUUGUUCCAGUGUUGUUAUGUGAGAACAAACUUGAGCACACAUUUACACCCCAAGCCUUUUAUUUACUCACGUUAUUGUCGGAAUAAGAGAAAGAUGAAUAUGCAAUGCGUGUGUAUUAGUGUUUGUGUUUGUGAGAGAGAGAGACAGCAAUAGACCGAGAGAAGAACGAUGAUGUCCCGAUUGUAAACAAAGUCUAUUUUAUUGUGGUAAAAUUUGAAGGGUUAUAUCAGACCAAAAAAAAAAAGAAUGCUCAAGCCUGCCAUCUCUCAGUCUUGUCUGAAUGUUUUUAUGGAUCUUGAAACAUUACAGUGCCUAAUACUGAAUGAACUACAAUAAUGGCAGGUAUGGUGAUACUGCUUUAUAGGAUGUCAGUGUUGAUCUUUUUUUUUAUUUAUUUUUUUUUAUUAGUUGCUUAGUUUGACUAGAAGAAUAUUUCAGACUGUAUUUUAGUGUACUGAUGUUUUUGUUACAGCUGAGGUUUCAUGUGUAUUUACACACGUACAUACUAGAGCAACAGAAUCAGAGCCAUAUCACUGCUAAAGUCAUGCUCUACGCAAUAUAAAAUGUUAACAUGUAAUCCUUUGAGAGGAACCUAACCAAAGGCCUUUUCUCACUAUUUAUUUCUUGAGACAAUUUUAUAUAGCCUACAAAACUGAUCCAAACUUUGUAUGAAUGUUAAAUGAACUGUUCUGCACUGCAAAGUCUUAGGAUGAGAUGUUUCUGUGCCAUGUUCACUCACACAGAGUUUCUGCAACUCAGCUGUGCAAUACAAUCUUUACAGGAGAGCAUAUCUUCUGUUUCUGUAACCUGCAUAGAAACACUGUUAACAGAAAAAGAACAACGAAUGCUACCUUGAGAAAGAAAGUACCUGAGUGCAGGUUUUCUUUUUUGGAUGUCUAGAGUACAACCACCUUUCCCAUCCUGUCAUGUACGUCUUUGACAAGAAGAGCUUUACAUACUGUAGAUUUAAUUAACUUAUUUUAACAAAAAUAUAUAGAUGUAUAAAUAUAUAUAUUUUUUGUUGGAGCAUUGGAAUAUAACAGAUGUUCUCCACCUUUCUGUUUUAAAUAAAUAUGUAUUGAGUACUUUUUUUGGAUGAUGGAAAAAAAAAGUACUGAUAACAUAGUUAUUGAUGGAAAAAGGAUGAAAUGUGCAUCCAGUUUGCAAACAGAUGUGACUUCCGGUAUUACUUUUAAGUCAAUAUCAUAUACUUUUUUCCACAUUAGCCAAAUAAAUGAUAUUAUAUCUCUAUUAUUUGUGUUUCAGAAGUAAGCCACAGAAAACACAGAACCACAUACACAUACAAACACACUUACUUUCCGUGUCUGUGGGAAGUGUAAGACAGUUUGUCCAAUGUGUGAAGGAUAGAGGUUGCUUUUAUUUAAAUCUCACUGUGUUUCAAUAAAAUAAUAUUUUAGGAGCA